UGUGCCGUCGCGCCAUUGGUCAAGCUCGGAUGGCCCCGCCCACUGCUCCCUGGCAGCUCGGCGGCGGAGUCUGGGCAUCGCAGGAGCCCAAAAUGGCGGAGCUGUGGCACAGUGUCCGUGCUGCGCCAGCUGACAAGCACGAAGCGCUGCCGAGAGCCAGGGAGGUUAUGGUGGUGAGGGCGGGCGCGGAGGUGAAGCCUCCCCCGUCCUCCUCCAGCAGUGGCGCUCGCCGCGAUCUGCAUCCCGCCAAGAAGAUCCGGACAGAGGAGAAGGGCUUCAAGCCUAAGCGUGUGAAUGGCGAGGGCGGAGGGGGCGGGAGCAACCGGUCAGGACCGGGGUACGGCGCCUCGGCGACAUGGAGCUUCCCAGUGGUGGCCGGCGGCAGCCCAUGCCUCGCCCCGCCCGCCUCGUCCAGCUCCCCGCAACCAACGCCGCCUGCCCGCCUCGUAGCCGCUGACAGACCGAGGAAGCCUAGCGACAGACGCGACAAGGAGAGGAGGAAGCAGCGCGACCGAUGUGCGGAGAAUAACGGCGAGGUGGCGGCUGGGAGCGGGGGAAUCCCCGGCCUUCCCGGCGCCCCGCCGCCCGCUGCUGUCAGAGGUGAAAUAAAAGAAAAAAUCAAGACUAAAGAUAAGGAGAAACUGAAGGAAAAGAAGAAACAUAAACUAAUGAACGAAUCCAAGAAGGAGAAUGGAGAAGUCAAAUUAUCACAGAAAGGUUCAAAUGAGAAACCAAAACCAAACACUGAAGAAUUGCAAAUUAAAAAGGUUAAGAAAAAAAAGAAAAAGAAACACAAAGAGGGUGAAAAACACAAACAACCGAAAAUGUACAGCAAAUCAAUUCAGACUAUCUGCUCAGGACUGGUCUCUGACGUGGGGAAAUAUGAAAACCAGGAAGCCAAAGUAGAAAUAGAUGACCGUUUUAAGGACUUGGUUGUGAAAUUAGAAGAAAAGAAAGAGACAAAAGAGCAUGAAUUUCCAUUUGUCUCCCUGAAGGAACCUCGGGUUCAGCACAAGCUGAAGCGGUUGGACUCUUUGGAAUUCAAGCACCUCAUCCAUGUAGAGCACCAACCUAAUGGUGGAGCAUCUUUGAUACAUGCAUACAACAGUGAACUUUCUCACCUGUCUCCUAUGGAGAUGGAAAGGUUUACUGAGGAAUUUGUGGGGCUGAUCUUCAGUGAAAAUGAGAACUGUGCAGCUUAUUAUGUGAUGGGGAUUGUACAUGGGGCAGCUACUUAUUUACCUGAUUUCUUGGAUUACUUUUCCUUUAAUUUUCCCAACUCCCCAGUUAAAAUGGAGAUCUUGGGGAAGAAAGACAUUGAGACAACAACCAUUUCAAACUUCCAUGCUCAGGUAAAGAGGACGUAUUCUCAUGGUACAUAUAGAGCAGGUGCAAUGAGGCAGAUCAGCCUGGUUGGGGCAGUUGAUGAGGAAGUGGGGGAUUAUUUCCCAGAAUUCCUGGACAUGUUAGAAGAGUCCCCUUUCCUGAAGUGCACAUUGCCUUGGGGGACUCAAUCAAGCCUUCAGCUUAAGAGCCGCAAAGAGAGUGAUGAUGGUCCCAUCAUGUGGGUGCGUCCUGGAGAACAGAUGAUUCCUGUGGCUGAUAUGCCAAAGUCUCCUUUUAAAAGAAAAAGUAUGUUUCAUUUCUCUUCUUCCAGAACUACCAAUGAAAUAAAAAACCUGCAGUACCUACCUCGAGCUAGUGAGCCUCGGGAAAUGCUUUUUGAAGAUAGGACAAGAGCACAUGCUGAUCACAUAGGACAAGGCUUUGAGCGUCAGACGACAGCUGCAGUAGGUGUGCUGAAGGCUGUGCAUUGUGGCGAGUGGAAUGACCAGCCUCGGAUAACCAAAGAUGUAAUAUGUUUUCAUGCUGAAGAUUUCUUAGAGGUGGUACAAAGACUACAGCUAGACUUACAUGAACCUCCACUAUCCCAGUGUGUGCAGUGGAUUGACGACGCAAAGCUCAACCAGCUGCGAAGAGAAGGCAUUCGCUACGCUAGGAUUCAGCUAUAUGAUGAUGACAUCUACUUUAUUCCACGAAAUGUUGUGCAUCAGUUCAAGACCGUUUCAGCUGUCUGUAGUCUGGCCUGGCAUAUCCGACUCAAGACGUACCACCCAGAAGUGGCACAGAAGAAAACUAAUUUGGAAGAAAAUGUUAUAGUGGAACUGAAACCAGACAUUGGAAAAGAAGGCAAUACAUUCAGUACAGCAAGCACGCAUAUGUCUCACGUGCAGUUUUCUGACAUUUGGCAGUUACGGGACCUUCAGCAAAAAACACAGCAAGUAAAACAGGAACCGGUUUCACCCCACCAAAUUAGUGACAAUAUUAAUCUUCCAAGUAUUUCCACUGCACCCACAGAAUGUCAGACAUAUAAGGUAAAAACUGAUCAUGUUAAGGACUCACAAGGAAAGACUGGGAGUGAGUCUCGGUUGGAAAUUAUUAACAAACACUCCAGAGAAAGUAUAGUGGACACACGGCAACCUAUACCUACAAACCCAGUCCUGCGGACAGACGAGGAACACCUGUGCUAAAAUAUGUAUAUAUAGUUUUAUUUUUUAUUAUACAUGACGUAAUAAUAAUAAUGUAAAGAUUGGUAAUCAUGGGGCAAGCUUGUACUUGCUCUGUAGUCUGUUACUGAAUAUAGUUAUGUAGCGAUGUAACAUUCCUCAGUGCCUGUCCAUAACUGUGAAAUAUCAAAGCACUUAGGGCCAGAUGCACUGUAAACACUGCAGGUUUAACAUAGACUCUCUAAAGUUUUCAGUUGUAGGUUCUAGGAUAGAGCUGACAUUAACAUAUAUAUUUUUUGUAAAAUGAGCCAGAAUUCUUUUUGACAAUUCCAGGCUUUUCCAUAGAGCUUAUUUAUAUCAUUUUCAAGGUGUCAGCACUGUAGUGUAAAUAGCUUUUUUAAAUCUUUUUAGUGUGAUUUAUACUGAAAUGUGAACCACUUAAUAAAGGUUCAUAACAAUG